AUGGCAAUCAAGGAAAUUGUAACAAAGAAGCCUUGCGAUCCUGUCAGUUAUCUUGGUUUUUGGUUGCUGAAUUAUAGAAGAUGUCGAGAGCGUAGGCAGUGGCAAUUACAGAAAGAUAACGAGUUAAAUUACCUUCGGUCUAUGAUCGAAGAACCGAUAUCUAAAGAAGAGGAAUUUUCGGUGAGAGGAGAGGAAGAAGAAGAAAAAGAAGAAGAAGGAGAACAGGGAAUGCACGACUGGAAUUUUAAACAUUACAAGACUAUGCAUACAUAG